AUGUCUAACGACAAUGCAAACAACACAACCCCUAGCGGACCUCCCAAUGAUCGCCGCGGAUCUGUCACUUCGGCUGCCUUCUCUAACUUCUUCCACCGAAGCAACUCGACUUCUGCCGGAAACGGAAAUGGUCGCGAGUCGGCUACAGUUGCUGCUGCCCGAGACCAUCGCCGACGGCUCUCUGUCACCACCUUGGGCUUGUCUGGUCCAUCACCCGCAUCAGCAAGCACGCCCUUUGGCCUCCGACGCAGCAGCAUCUCUACCACCAACUCGAACGCGGACUCUAUUGACGAGAGUGCCGUUGAGGAUGAAGAGUCCGCCAGGAGUGCCGCUUCCCCUUUCGCACGCCGCAUGAGCUUUGGGGCACAGGCUAUGCGAAACAUGCGUCCCGGCCAGACCAGCCCUGGCUCAACUGGUAGGCCUGCCCAGCAAGCAAGACGUGUUUCCGUCGGAAACUCGCGUACACCAACCUCUGCUACCCCGUCCGCCCCGACUGCUGCGAGACGGACGAGCACCUCUCAGGCAAGCAACACACUAUCUGCAAGAACACCUUCUGACAUGCUUUCUGCUCGCUCAGACAAUGGGUACAACUGGUCCGAGCAGCUUAGGUCUCGCGCUGAAAGCAGCGUUUCGGGUGCCCGCCCAACCUUUACGGCCGCCACCUCCGGCUCGCCCCCUCGUGGCAACGGCCCACAAGACCGUGUCAAGUCGGUUUCCGAAAUGCCUGCGCCGCCCCAACAGGCUGCUGCCCUGAAGCCCAAACAACCCGAGAGACCCAAGCCCGACCAUAUGCAGGAGCGUAUUCUGAAGGGUGAUUUCUACAUGGAUUGA